AACCAAAGAGAAAGUGGGUAGAUUUAAUACAGGAUGUAUAUACCUUAUCUGCAGGAAGUUUCAGCUUUGUAUAGGGGUGGAAUUCAGCAUAAAAAGCAACCAACCAUUCCCGGCAUUGUACAUUAUGGUGUGCAAGCAUAAAUUUGUAAAGGAUGAGCAUCACUAUCUGUACAUUGUGGCUGUGUCUGAUCCUAUUGGUGUCAUCCACUGGUGCAGCUACUGGCUCCCAACAAGUCAACUAUGUGACUCCAACCUCGCCUGCUGGUAUCUCCUGUCCCGGACAGCCCUGCCUGACUCUGGACCAAUAUAUUACCAGCUCCAGUACCUACAUCAUCUCCAACUCAGUCUUCAAACUUCUCCCUGGAAUACACCACAUCACAAGGUCUUUUGUUGCACGAAACAUUGAGUGCAUCACCCUCGAAGGAGACAUUGAAAGAAAGUCAAACCCUCAAGUGCAGAUUAGUGGCUCACGUUAUCUGUGGCGUUAUCUGUUACAGUUUAUCGACACUGUCGAUGUUUACAUCUCUGGAAUUGAACAGAAAAACGUAGGCAUAUCCCUUGAAGGCACAGAAAAUGUCACUCUUCAUCGGGUGGUUGUUGACGGCCCUAUAACUGCAGUUAGUUUGCUUAACACCAUAGAUACCAACAUAUCUUGCUGCAGCUUGAAGAAUACCGGCUGGACAGCAUUAACUCUGCGAAACACAUAUAAUACCAGCAUAUCUAACACCACUGUGAAUAAUACCGGAUGGAACGGAUUCAACCUCUGCAACUCAUCAAAAACUGACAUAUUGCACACCUUACUCAAUAGCACUGGGUGGCAUGGAAUUGAACUACGACAGACAAAUUCUACACUGAUUUCAUACUCUACUGUAAACAGCACAGGUUGGAACGGAAUUGAAAUACAACAGGCCAACUCUACAGUGAUAUAUAACUCUACUGUGAAAAACACAGGUUGGAAUGGAAUUGAAAUACGACAGGCAAACUUUACGGUGAUAUCAUGUUCAACUGUAAAAAGCACAGGAUGGUAUGGAAUUGAGAUUUUUAAUUCUUCCCAAACCACAGUUACUUGCUCACUAGUGGACGAGACAGGUUGGAGUGGUAUAGAGAUAAGCAACAGUACCCAGGCUAGAGUGAUUGGAACAAACAUCACAAAUGUAGGCUGGAGCAGGCUGGAUUGCAGGUAUACAGACAUGCCCUGUACUGUUGAAAAACCUCCCAACUUAAACUGUAACUGUAACAACAAGGACACGUGUAGCUCAGAACCACAAAACUUGUUACCUCCACAAGCCCCAGGAUCCGGUGAUGAAACAUUUAUUGAUGACAUAGUGACUGACUCGAAACAAGUCAACAUUACGACUCCAACCUCGUCAGUGUAUGAGAGAUCCCAAAGCUCAACAAAUCCUACACCUAUGAUGUCUGUGAUUCAAGUAACUCCGGUCCCUUCUGUGGGAAUAUCUUCCCCAAUCAAUUAUUUAUCACAUCGAAAUGUCAUCCUUGGAGUUUCAGGGUCAGUAGCAACAGUAAUGUUGGCUUUCAUCAUUGUGGCAAUUGUUGCUUGGAUCUAUCGUAAAAAUAGAAACAAAGGUAAGAGUAAAUCGACAUGUCACUUAUUUGUCUGACCAUGUUUUAUGACUAGAUAAUGUUUCAGAUGAGCACAACAAAAGUGUCAUGUGUAUGAAGAGGUGUCUACUGCUAAUCCGGCUCUACACCACGAUCCAGCAUAUGAAAACCCAAUGAGGAUGAGGCUUGAAGAAAACCCAGCCUAUGUCUCGACUCACUAGCUACUACAGCAGGUGUGUGUAGCUAGCUGUGCAUAUGAUUCUAUGUACAUUUUCAAACAGGUCCUGAAUCUGCUGGCAUAUAUUCAUUGCGCACUGGUGUGUGUCACUAUUAGAACCAUUAGACCGUAUGAACAUAAUCAUUUACAUACUUUUACAUAGCAGUGUGUCUAAGCACCGUGUCUUUAUUAAUAAUUCAUAAACCACCAUUUCCUCCUCGUGUCACAUAGCUAUAUACCAAUCAUUAACACUACAGCUAGCCUCCACUUCACAAAUGCACCUUGACUUUACUCACAGCCUUCACCCUAGC